AUGUCCUCCGUCCACAAUGAGGGCGCCGAUUUUUGGGGAGUGUUGAUUAACCCCGACAAGAGCCCCACCCCGUUACUCGAACAACUGUGCUUGGGGAUUGCGCAGGUAAUGACUUCCUUCGACGAGUUCGCGACAACGGACCUGACCCCCGAUCGCCUGGCAGCGUUUUACCGAAAGGUCGGCGGUAACUACGACGUCCUAUUCCUCGAAACGAGGCCUUCUGCUCUUUCGUUCAUAUACCAGCGCCUAGGAUGUUUCCACAGCAUUCAGCCUACCAACGAUCCCUACAAACCACCCUCUAUCCCCGCUUUGCAGCCAAAUGGCUUUGUGCGAUGGCAAACAAUUCAGCUUCUUCUCGACCCCGACGAGCACUCGAGAUGGUUACAGAAUGCUGUUGAUUUGUGGGACAUUAAGACUCCCAAUGGUAGAACUUUCCCUAAGAUGAUCCCUAGAGGGGCUUUCCCAGCGGAACCCGAUCCGGAGAUGGUACAGUGGCAUGAAGAAGUCAGCCGACGGUUCGAGCUUGACUACUGGAAGAAGAAUAUCCUGCGCUCCUCCCCUCCUAAUUUCGCUCCUUACCAUUCAUACUUCAGCCAGAAGGAUGUACCGACCCACAAAGAAGAUGAACCACCUCGAAGUCAGCGCCGAACAACCCCUCACCGUCAAGAGCCUACUACCGCAAGUGAACGUCGAAACCCCCAUAAACACCGUCAACGACGAAACGACGACAAGCCUUCCUCCACUACUCGCAGGGUACAAUCUACAUACUUUCCGCGACAAUCGGAAAACUUCGAUACCGGGUAUACGUCUCGACCAUCAUCUCCACCGUUGCGGGCGAAAGAGUCCACCAAGUCGCGUACGCGCGAGCGCCCACAGGCUUAUGGGCGAUCUGUGAGUCCCGGAGCAGUACCAGGCCUCCCAGGUCAGAUCGAUACAGCUACCAUCGCAAUCUAUCACCACCGCGAGUGUCCCAUACGCGUCGUCACUCGCACGAAGCAUACGCCCGCCGACCUCGAAAGGAAUUAUCUCCCGAUCCUCACCAACACCCCACAUACCCCGAUACAUCUCACUCCAAUCCAGGAAGAUUAUACGACUCCGAUGGGGCGCGAAGAGUGCGCCACGCCAAAGCAUAUAACGAUGAACCGCUCCAGCACAGAGCAUCAGGCGUUGGAUUCCGCGAUCGCGUCGUUAGCGACCCGCCGCCCACUUUUCCACCUGGCCGCGAAGUGCCCGUAUUCACCCGCAUGCAUUCUCGUUACGCCGGCACUGGCGAUACCUACAUCGUCCAUCCCCAUCCAGACCUCGAGCCAAUGA